UAUAUUGUGUCGCAUGGAUAACCGGCUUCAUCACACGCUUCCUUCUAUAAAUACCUCAAAAUUGUUGCGGAAUCCAACUCCCUAUUGAAUUACUGAUUUCUGUGUGAAGUGUGGUAUUGAAUUAUUGUAGAAGAUGCUACUGCAGACAAUUGAUCUUAUCAAGAAUGAGAUCCCCCUUCAAGAGGAAUCAUUCUCCUUAUCUGAAGAUGUCAAGACUGGUUUAGUUCUUGUUGACAUCAUCAAUGGCUUCUGUACUGUUGGUGCUGGAAAUCUGGCUCCAACCGAACCCAACAGGCAGAUCUCUGAAAUGAUCAAUGAAUCAGCAAGGUUGGCAAGAGUGUUCUGUGACAAGAAAUGGCCUGUUCUUGCUUUUCUUGAUUCUCAUCACCCUGACAAACUUGAGCACCCUUAUCCUCCUCACUGUAUCACUGGCACAGAUGAAUCCAAUUUAGUUCCUGCUCUCCAAUGGUUGGAGAAGGAACCAAAUGUGACAAUCAGGCGCAAGGAUUGCUAUGAUGGAUAUUUGGGAUCAAUUGAGGAGGAUGGUUCUAAUGUGUUUGUAGAUUGGGUCAAAACCAACAACAUACAACUUCUAUUGGUGGUAGGAAUAUGCACAGACAUCUGUGUGCUGGACUUUGUUUGCUCGACUUUAUCAGCUAGGAAUCGCGGUUUUCUAAGCCCUCUGGAGGAUGUAGUGGUGUAUUCUCGCGCCUGUGCUACAUUUGAUUUUCCAGUAUCUGUCGCAAGAACCACUAAAGAUGCCAUAGCUCAUCCCCAGGAGCUGAUGCAUCAUGUAGGGCUUUACAUGGCCAAAGGAAGGGGAGCUAAGGUAGCAAGUGAAGUGUCAUUUUGUGCAACAAAGAAGCCAUGAUAUACCACUACUUCAAGCUGUAAUGUAUCAUACGAGAGUAUGCCUAUGGUAAAAUGAUAGAAUGGUGGUGUGUAAUUGAACUAUAUGAGUGUUAUAAACAUCUGUUUGCUUUGCAAUCUGGACAUCACCAGAGGGAUCCAGUAAGAUAGCACGGUAAUGAUAUGUAAUGCGUAUGCUGCCAUUAGAGUAUGUACAAAGAAUAAUUUCUGGGUUUUGAAUAAAGAUCGUUCUGGUGCUUCAGUCA